UUUGUAUUUAUACAUAUGGGCCCCACACGACUCGCCCAGCUCCUCCUUGCUUUAUGGCUGUCACUCAGAGCAGUCGCCCUUGGAGACCGUCAACAAACCCACAGGAGUCGGGAGGAGACUCUGCUAAGGGAUGAAGGACCGACCAUGACCUCUAACCCCGACUCCCCCGCGGCGGAACUGGCGAGGCGCAACUCGGAGAGGGCGCAACUGCGCGACAUAAAGGAGCGAUUUAGUAACUACGUCCGAAAUGUCCGGGUCCUGAGAAAUCAGCUGACGCAGGGGGAAGGUUUCACGGCGGCGCCGCGCCUGGAGCAGGAAGUGCUGGGUAUUCGGGCAAAUUAUGAACAGGAGAUCCAGUCCCUACGGGCAGCGCUGGAGAAGUACAGGGAACUGGCACAGGGGGGCAACCACAGGGAGACCCCAACAGCACCAGAGUAUCACAGCAGACUCCUGGAGCUCAGCCGAGACCUCAUCAAAAAGGACCAGGAGAUCAGACAUCUGCAGCUCCUCAUGGCACAGAAAGAAGCAGAAAUGCAAGGGUUAAAAACUGCGGCAGUUACUCCAUCCAUCCAAUUGGAUCUGGCCAAACAGGAGCUGAAAGAUCUGCACCAGAGUCUGUGUGGCGCCCAGGAGAGAUACGAGGAAGAACAUUCUAAGCGGCUGCAGCUUCAUGACCAGGUUCUAGAUCUGACCGGCCGUAUGGACCAGAUGUCCGACAAGCACAGACAGGAGUCUGAGGAAAUGAGAGACCGUAUCGACCAAUCAGAGGCCCUCGUGCUCCAACUGGAACAGAAACUGAGGGCGGCGACUGGGGGAGGCUCCGCCCUGAUGGAGGCGGUGCAGAAAAUCCAGGAGGCCAGUGAGGCUGAAGUGAAGAGGCUCCAGCAGGAAACAGAGUCUGCCUACAGCCUGAGUUUGCUGCAGUUACAGAUGCAGAUGAACAGCGACCAGAGACUGCUGAGUCGGACCCAGGAGGAGAACCAGAACCUGCAGCGGCGGCUGGAAGAGCUGAGUGGGGAACUGGCGCUGACAGAGAGAAAGUUAUUCUCGGAAGAGUCCAACGGCCGGACCUUGGUGGGGCGGCUGGAGUCGGAACACAGGAGGGAAGGGCAGCGGCUGCGGGAGCUGGAGAGCAGGUUGGAGGAAUUACAGGACGUUCUCCUGGCCAAGAUGAAGGAAUUGGCCGCAUUUCAGGAAUCCAACGUCUCCCUGAGAAAUGAACUCGAUGCCCUGAGGUCACUGCUGGAGGAGGAGGAGCAACAGAUGAGCAGCGAUCAGUUUCUCUCAUCAUCAUCAUCAUCUGGCCCCGCCCUGACCCACUCCUUCCUCUCCUCCGACCUUACCAUUGGCCUCGACUGCACCGCCUCCCCCCUGAUUGGCUCCCUAGAUGUUCUCUCCCCACCAACCACAGCCAAGUGCCCCAAAUCACCCUCCCCUGCUGAGUCUGAAGAACCGAACCAGAACCUGGAUGAAGGACCCAAACCUGGGGGGCAUCCCCGGCCGGCCUCGGCCCCCCCUCUCAGCCCUAAUGUCCCUCCGGGCACCGACCCUGCAGCCCCAGAGAGGCGUGGCCUGACUGUAAAUAGAAAGAAACCCUCCCCCAAUAAUGACUGCACCCCAGCAAUAUCCAGCGCUCUCAGGGACCUGGCCAUCUCAGAGGUGGAUCCGGGGGGCAAGUUUGUGAAGAUCAUAAAUAAAUCUCUGGAUAAAGAAGAAGACAUUGGGGGCCACAUCCUACAGCAGAAUAUCGGGGGCCACCCCGUGGCCCUAUACAGGUUCCCGCCCAAGACACGAAUGUUGGCGCACAGCGAAGUGACCGUGUGGGCGGCCUCCGCUAACGUUCCACACAAGCCUCCGAGCGAUUUUCUCUGGAAGGAUCUGGAUGAGUUUGUCACGGGGCCACAGUGCACCACAAUCCUGUGCAAAGCCAACGGGCAAGCUGUAGCUUGGUACACUCCGGCACGGGGUACGUGCAGCCCCCCAGUGGGGAGAAAAGGGGACACCACCGCGACCCCUAAUAACUCCUCCCUUCUAUGGACUCUGCCCCAACCCAACGGGAACAGGGAGUCUGAGCCAGAGUCACCGAAACAAGUGCCCGAAAGAACCAAUGACCAGCAAAAAUGGGAGGAGGGUCCGAUUCUACUGAGAAGGUACCAGUACCCUUUGUGCUCUUCUGCGGGGAGUGGGGAGUGUAUUUCCUUGGUUACCCAUGGACUGUCUCUGCUUCCUUGA